AGAGGAUAACGUCCGUAAUCCAAAUCAAAGGGCCAAACACUUUUUAUUUUAUCUUCACACUCGAAGAGUGGAAGUCUCAAACGUCUAAGCAUUCUUGUGAAGAAAAAUGUCGGCUUCAGCUCUAUUUUGCUUGAGAAUGGUGGUGGUGCCUAUCCAUUAUUCUCUCUCCUCGUCCAGUGUCGGCGGUGGUGCGACCAAGGUAGCACCAGGAGUGGGCGGCAGCGUUGGUGGCGUCAGGGUAGUGAUAGAGUCCUCAUCGCGGCCACAGAAGAAGGCAACGAAACACCACAUGAAGACGCGACCCCGCAAGUCUCAGGCUUGGGACAUUCGACAUGGGCCCACCGGUUACCCUCCUCUUCCUCUGCUUCCUCCUGAGUGGGCUCUCGUCACGGAUGAUGCUGUUGCUGAAACUGUUGUUUCUUCUCCUCCACAGCUGCCCAAGACCACCCAGUAG